AUGAUUGAUAUCCUUAGUGUUGUGUCAUCGUCCUCACACUAUUUCUCAAAGAUGUUCUCAGCCUUGCAUUGGCACGAUGUGAACACUCCGCUUCUCAUUUCUGCCUGGUUAUUCAUGAUUAUAAUGGCUAGAAUACUUUUCCAUCGAUCCAAUGUUCUGGCAAAAAUAUUCCCCGAAUCUGCUCUGCUCAUUGUUCUUGGUCUAAUUGUUGGUCUGAUCCUGGAUGAGUUGUGGGUGUUGGAUAUAUAUCUGCAUCCAGACCUAUUCUUCUUGUAUCUCCUGCCUCCGAUAGCGCUCGAUGCUGGAUAUUUUCUGCCAAAUAAUGCAUUCUUCCUAAAUUUUGGUACCAUUCUUCUCUAUGCAGUUGUGGGCACAAUAUUCAACAUUGUAACGAUAGCCGGAAUCAUCUACGCGUUUCUACCAUUGUAUCAGUGGUCGUUACCAUUCAUAGAUAUUCUGCUUUUCUCGACACUUAUCGCAGCAGUGGAUCCAGUGGCUGUGCUUUCCGUAUUUGAGGAGGUCCAUGUAAAUCAGCUACUUUAUAUAUGUGUUUUCGGAGAGUCACUUCUGAACGAUGCGGUGACUAUAGUCCUCUAUCAUUCUCUAUCCUCAAUGGCUAAGAUCGGCAGUGAGAAUUUGAUUCGAGAAGACUUUAUCCAUGCUUUUGUCAACUUUUCCAUGGUAUCCACCGGUGGCGUACUGAUCGGACUCGUAUGGGUGUGCAUCACAGCCUUCGCUACAAAAUGGUCAUACGAUGUUCCAAUUCUGCAACCUCUCGUUUGCCUCUUCUUUCCAUACCUCUCGUACCUGAUUUCGGAAAGUGUCCAUAUGUCAGGAAUUCUUGCCAUUGUUACUUGCGGCCUCUUGAUGAAGCCAUACAUAUCCGGGAAUCUGAACGACAAAGCACUAACCACCGUCAAAUACUUCUUGAAAACAUUAUCGUCCUGUUGCGAAGCGAUUAUAUUCGUAUUUCUUGGUCUGUCAACGUUCUCUAAACACCACACAUGGGACCUUGUCUUCGCAGUCGUUACUGUCACGGCAUGCAUAUUCUGUCGAUUUAUAGGUGUCAUCAUUCUAACAUGGCUGGCGAAUCGUAAACGAGUGCAAAAGAUAGGGCUUAUGGACCAGGUGAUAAUGGGUUACGGUGGACUUCGCGGAGCUAUCUGCUACGGUCUGGUCAUGACACUGGACAAGGACGCUAUCCCUGCUAAAGACAUGCUGGUGACCACCACUAUUGUCGUGAUCGUCGUUACCGUAUUCUUCCAGGGCACUACAAUCAAACCACUGGUGCGAUUACUAAAGGUAAAAACACAGGAGCCUCAACAGAAGACAGUUACUCAGCAAGUUUUGACACAUAGUGGUGACGAUAUGAUGGCAGGAGUUGAGGCGAUCAUCGGAAUGCGCGGAUCGAAUUAUUGGCGAAGGCGCCUGUCCGAGUUCAAUCACAACUACGUGCAGCCAACCCUGAUGCGCACGCCGUCAUCCCGCGGCGAAAAGCUCAUGGAAAAAUAUUCGGCGCUUUCAGCCGAGGAGCAACGGUUAAGGUUGCUGGAACGAUAUGGCGUGUAAAUGAUCUUUUCAUUCGCGAUGGUAAAAAAUUCAUAGUACCAUAGUCCACUUCAUGCAGCGCUCUCUUUCCUAAAAUAUCAUAGUAAGGAGAGUAAGCCUGUGCUUGUAAUCAAAUAAUAAUAAAUGGCUUUAUUAGUGCUGUGUUGAUG